CCUAUCAGACUGAGAGGCUCCCGCGAUCCACACCGAUUCACUUCGCCACUCCUCAGUCACACACUCGCCGCACGAGCCCAUGGCCUUGGCGACGCCACUCCGCCACCUCCUCCCCGUGGCGGCGGCGCCGUCCACGGCCCCCGACCCCGCCGGGCCGUCCCUGACCACCCGCCGCGCCCUCUCGCUCCCCCGGGUCAGCCUCCGCCUCCGCUCCAGCGUCGCCGCGUCCACGUCCCCCAAGCCCAGGUCCGCCGUGACGGCGGCGGCGUCCGCGGCGGCCGGGCGGCCGACGGUGCUUGUCACGGAGAAGCUGGGCCCCGCGGGGCUGGACCUGCUGCGCGCGUUCGCGAACGUGGACUGCUCGUACGAGCUCACGGCGGAGGAGCUCCGCGCCAAGGUCUCGCUCGUCGACGCGCUGGUGGUGCGCAGCGGGACGCGCGUCACGCGGGAGGUGUUCGAGGCCGCGCGCGGCAGGCUCCGGGUCGUCGGCCGCGCCGGCGUCGGGAUCGACAAUGUCGACCUCCAGGCGGCCACCGAGGCCGGCUGCCUCGUCGUCAACGCGCCCACCGCCAACACGGUCGCCGCCGCCGAGCACGCCAUCGCGCUCCUCACCGCCAUGGCGCGCAAUGUCGCGCAGGCCGACGCGUCGCUCAAGGCCGGCAAAUGGCAACGGAGCAAAUAUGUUGGUGUUACCUUGGUGGGGAAGGUACUAGCAGUUAUGGGCUUUGGAAAGGUAGGCUCGGAAGUAGCUCGGCGCGCAAAAGGACUUGGGAUGGAUAUCAUUGCUCAUGACCCAUAUGCUCCUGUUGAUAGAGCUCGGGCAAUUGGUGUAGAUCUUGUAUCAUUUGAUGAGGCCAUUUCUACAUCUGACUUCAUAUCACUGCAUAUGCCUUUAACUCCAUCCACGGCAAAGAUUUUCAAUGAUGAAACUUUUGCAAAAAUGAAAAAGGGUGUUAGAAUUAUUAAUGUUGCAAGGGGUGGAGUUGUUGAUGAAGAUGCAUUGCUGAGAGCACUUGACAAUGGAACAGUUGCCCAGGCUGCACUUGAUGUAUUUACUGAGGAGCCACCACCGAGAGACAGCAAGUUGGUGCAGCAUGAGAAUGUCACUGUAACACCGCACCUUGGAGCUAGCACAACAGAAGCGCAGGAAGGUGUAGCCCUUGAAAUUGCAGAGGCUGUUAUUGGUGCCCUGAGAGGAAAUCUGGCUGCCACAGCUGUGAAUGCCCCAAUGGUCCCUGCUGAGGUUUUAUCAGAGCUGUCUCCCUAUGUUGUCCUUGCUGAGAAGCUGGGCCGACUUGUCGUGCAACUCGUAGCUGGUGGGAGUGGGGUUAAGGUCGUAAAGGUUGUCUACUCAUCAGCUAGAGACCCCGAUGACUUGGACACAAGACUUCUUCGUGCCAUGGUCACCAAAGGCAUCAUCGAACCUAUUUCGAGUGCAUUCGUCAAUAUUGUCAAUGCAGACUAUGUUGCCAGGCAAAGAGGCCUUCAGAUCAUCGAGGAGAGAAUUCUCCUUUACGGUUCACCUGAAAUCCCCCUAGACUCCAUCCAAGUUCACCUCACCAAUGUGGAGUCCAAGUUUGCUGGUGCCUUGUCUGAUGCAGGUGACAUCAGAGUUGAAGGCAAGGUUAAGGAUGGCUCCCCGCAUCUCACGCUUGUCGGGUCUUUCAGUGUUGACGUUAGCCUUGAGGGCAACCUGAUACUGUGCUGCCAAAUUGAUCAGGCAGGUAUCAUUGGGAAGGUGGGAUCGAUCUUGGGAAAGAUGAAUGUGAAUGUGAGUUUCAUGAGCGUUGGAAGGACUGCUCCUGGAAAGCAGGCGAUAAUGGCCAUUGGGGUUGAUGAGGAGCCCGAGAAGGAAGCUCUCAAGCUGAUCGGUGACAUACCGUCUGUCGAGGAGUUUGUCUUUCUUAAGCUUUAGAGAGGAAAUAACCAAGUAGGUAGGUACCGGAGGUAACAUUUGUGCUAUGUUAGCUUGAGAUUGAUUUUUCCAAGCUUCUAGGGGCUAGUUUUGGGGUACUGUACAUUGGCAUUCUUUGGUGUCCUUCAGGACACGCCACAGAUAACAGUAUAUAUCAAGAAAUGCAUGCAAAAAAUGCAAUUUUUCCUCU